GUCCAAAAGAAAGUCCGCGUAGGACCCGACGAAAUCAGAAGCCGUGAAUAUUCAAAUGGUGUAAUAAUAUCAGUUUCUCGCUGUAGGGGUUUAACGAGAUUCCGACAAACUUCUGUUGAUCUUUUGUUUUUCGAAGUUUUAAUCGGAGUUUUGGAUUAGGAAGCAUUGGUGCUGGAAUUUGAUUUGAAGCUUUUCUAUGGUGAGGUGUGAGGUGGGGAAGGAGAAGAGGAAGAUGGAGGAGGAGAGAAAAGGAUGCCGAUUGGGGUGGCCAGUUGGAGCUCUGAUCGCCGUGUUAAUGGCGACGGCAUUCGCCUCGACAAGGACUGGUUCUAAUGUUGCUAUCUUCUUUAAUAAUCACAAAUCUUGUCACUGUGCUUCACAGGAACAAGAAAAAUAUAAGGGCAUGGUUGAGGACUGUUGUUGUGAUUAUGAGACCGUAGAUAGUCUUAAUGGAGAGGUGUUGCAUCCUUUGCUUCAAGAACUGGUCACAACCCCUUUUUUCCGGUAUUUUAAGGUUAAAUUGUGGUGUGACUGCCCAUUCUGGCCUGAUGAUGGCAUGUGCCGCUUGCGUGAUUGCAGUGUCUGCGAAUGCCCAGAAAAUGAAUUUCCUGAGCCUUUUAAGAAGCCAUUUGGUCGUGGUCUUUCAUCAGACAACCUAUUUUGUCAAGAGGGAAAGCCACAGGCCACUGUUGACCGCACACUAGAUAAUAGAGUGUUCAAAGGAUGGAUAGAAACAGAUAAUCCAUGGACACAUGAUGACGAGACUGAUAAUGGGGAAAUGACUUAUGUAAAUCUUCAAUUAAAUCCAGAACGCUAUACUGGCUAUUCUGGCCCAUCAGCUCGAAGGAUAUGGGAUGCUGUAUAUUCGGAAAAUUGUCCAAAAUAUUCUUCUUGGAGAGACUUUGCUCGGAGAAGAAAGUACUAUACAAAUUGAUUUCUGGUCUUCAACUCGUCAAUCUCUGUCCACAUAGCUG